AUGAGUGGAAAAGAAUUCGAAAAAGAUGAACAAGAAUUUGAUGAGAAAGAAGAAGAAGAAAAAGCAAUAGCAAUGUGGGAUUGUGGAAGUCCUUUAUAUGAUUCACAUGAAUUGGUCUCUCUUGAUCAUCAUAUCAACAUGAAUCUAAUGUCGUUUCCAUCUCACCAUGGAUCAAUGAUGAAACAUACAAGACUUGUGCACAAUUAUGAGGAUAAGAUCCAUGGGAAGGGAAAUAAUGUUGGAUCACUAGGGAAAACUAAAGAGUUUAUUUGGUUCACAAGCUUUAAGAAAUUUUUAGUGAAGAUAAUGAAGAAAAGGAUUGUGAAGAAAGGAGAAAGAAGAACAAGAAAAUGA